GCUCGGUUGCAUCACUUCCUUUUGACUUUCUUCUGUGAGAGCGUGGAAGGCGAGUCUGUUUCUUCGUCCCUGUUCCAGCAAGGAGGCUCCUGUGCAAACGCUCCGAAGAGCAUUCUUUGCACGCGUUUAAAAGGGCAGGAAGGAAGCGCCUUGGAGGCUCGGUCGAUCUUUUCCUUUUCCUUUUGCAAGGACUACCCCAGUCUGUCGUGGAGGGCGUCGGAAGCAUGGGAGUCACCUGUGUUUCCCAGAUGCCAGUGGCGGAGGGGAAGAGUGUCCAGCAAACAGUUGAAAUUUUAACAAGAAAGCUUGAGCUACUUGGAGCAGAGAAACAGGGAACCUUUUGUGUAGACUGUGAAACGUACCACACUGCACCCUCCACAAUGGGCAAUCAAGGGCAGGCUGCCAAGCUGAUGUAUGUGAUGCACAAUUCCGAAUAUCCCCUCAGCUGCUUCGCUCUCUUUGAAAAUGGUCCUUGCCUCAUAGCAGAUGCCAACUUUGACGUCCUUAUGGUGAAGCUGAAAGGCUUCUUUCAGAAUGCCAAAGGGAACAAGAUAGAGAGCCGGGGAACCCGGUACCAGUACUGUGAUUUCUUGGUGAAGAUUGGCACGGUUACUAUGGGGCCCAGCGCCCGUGGUAUAUCUGUGGAGGUGGAAUACUGUCCGUGUGUGAUAGCCAACGACUGCUGGAACCUGUUAAUGGAGUUCACACAAAGCUUGAUGGGAAGUCAUGCUCCCGGAAUCCCUUCUGUGUUUGGCAAUAAGCAUGACAGCAUCUACAGCUCGGCUGACACAAUGGUCCAGUACAUGGAACUCUUCAACAAGAUUCGCAAGCAGCAGCAGGUGUCUGUCGCAGGAAUCAGAUGAGGAAAGCUUCGUAAGGCCUUAUUUCACGGGAGCAAUCACUUUGCUGAAUAGUCGGUUGAAAUUGCAGUUCCAUCCCAGUAGUCCAGAUUGCAAUUGUUUCCCUUUAAAUCAAUGCAGUCUGUCUCCCUAAGAGAGGUAGAAUUAAUUCUGUCUCAUCUCAAACCUCCAGGGGUAUGCCUCUCUUAUAAUAAUGGCAUACUUUGCCUUAGACUGCUAUCUCAGAGAUCUUCCUCGCGCUCUUGAAGCAAGAUUCCUGCCUCUGAGUGGAAACUGGAGGAAAACAAUCAUCUUGAAGGAGCACAGGGUGAAACUGCGUAUAAAUAGGAGAAUGGGCUUUGGGGGUCCAUAAUUUCCUUGACUGGCUACAAGUGAACAUGAAAUUGCUAUGAGUGUGAAAAUAUGUUAAUAUGGCUUUUAUUAAAGAAACUUUAAUUUUGCAUAGUAAUGCUGUAGAUGCUAUCUAUUAGCAGAUUUUAUCCUAUAAUUUGUGGGAGAUUUAUAUUUUGGGUUGAAAUGUAAUAUCUCAUUGAAGCAAGCAAGAUAAAUUAUCUAUUGGCAUCUCACUAUCUUCAAAAAGCAUUUAAGAGGAGUGAAAUGUUUGGGCUUUAGGUUCAUUUCACUGAAGUCUUAGGGCUUAAUUCCUCUGCCUUCUUGACUAAUGCUUUCUGCUGGAACAGAUAAAAGCCCUGACAGUGCAAAACUUGUACAGAGCAAGAUUUCAUUCAAAAUCACUAAGGUAUUGUUAUCUUUUCAAGAUGAUAUCUAAAAAAUGCAUACCUUGCAAGUUCCCAAAAAUAUUAAGAAUGAUGCUUAUUAAAGAAGCUAACAUUUUCACCUUAUUGUAUUUGUUUGUGUUUUAAAACUUAUUUGUUAUGUUUUGUUACUUCUAGUUUGUUGUGUUUACUGCAUGUAAAGCUUCCCAAAUUAAAACAAACAACUAAUAUAAGACCCUCUCUUCUUUAUUAACGGAGUCCAAAUAUUGAUAAAUUUUUUUGGAUCUCCCCACCCCACCCCCUGCCAGCUUUACAAUUGCCUCUCCCUUCAUCCUGACCUAUUUGUGUAUGAGCCUGGUAUUGUGCUAUUCUGUGUAGCAACAGGCUGUAGGCUUCAGCCCUAGGCUCCUUGUAAUAGUGUGCAGGUAAGGAAACUUUGUACCUGUGCUCCUGUAAUGGAAAUUUGUGCCACUUUUGUGCUGAAAUAGCAAUACAUUUGGUACUGUUGAGCUGAUGCUACUGAAACCACUACGCAGCGUAUGACAAUUGUGCAUGGCACUUGAGGGAGGAGCGGAGGGCAGAGGUAGGAGCCAUUUGUGGCAAAUAAGUGGUGUAUCAUAAGGACUAUGGGAGCAUUUCUGCCCAUUAACAUGGACAUGCUUGCCCUGAAAUGUGUUGUAGGGGAAGUGGAGUGUUUUUUUUGGGGGAAGGAUAUUUUGCUUUAAUUUUUGUAGGGUGCCUAGAGCCAGACGGAGUACCAGCCCACCUUGGUGAUCCAAAACACAUUUUGAUGAAAAAAGGAUGUGCCAUGUGUGAGUGCAGGCAGUUUUGGUUCACAGAUCACACUAAGCCCAAACCUGGCUUAGUGCAAAUAUGCAGGCUCCCAGAGAGGAGGUGGCAGCCACUUUGCCUUAGCUUAGUGUGGCAUGGAAGUAAAAAAGACUUGAGGAGGAGCCAGGUCUGGCUUAGUGUGUUUUCUGUACCUGGGGUCAUGGUUUAGCUCUCUGCCCAACUAGCCACAAUCUGUAAACCUAGAACAAACCUUGGAUAGAGCUCGUGAUUAGUGAGGAGAACGCUUGAGUUCAGAUGAUGCAGUAAGUCAAUCCUUGGCCUAACUCAGUGCAGCUUGAGAGUAAAAGAGACUGGGAAGGAGAAAAGCAGUUAUGAGGUCCUGAUAAACCAGACUUUGGCUUACUAUGACAUGAAAAUCAGGCUGCUGUGUGUAUAAUGUGGCAUAUGGAAUGGUGGGGGAGGAGGGGAAAGAAGUCCAGAAUGUGGUUUGCCAUAGCGAUUCCUCGUUUUUCAAUACAACACUGGAAAAUCAAACCCUUCUCUUUCCCUCGCCUCAGCUUAACUGAGUGAAGAGUGCAUGGUAGCAACUGCUUUUCAUUUCUGCCCAUAUAUGGAUUCUGGUGCAAGUUCAAAAUGUAAACUCUGAAAAUACAGUGCCUUUACUGCAUGUGAGGCAGAAUGUUUAAUUUACAGGAUUGGAAGGGGACUUUUUUUGGAGGGCCAGAGGGGGAAAUGCUGCAUUCCUGCUCUGAACAAAAUGCAAAUAGUACUUUUUGGAUCCAGGUGCAUUGUAUUGUAUGUUAACUUUUCUCCCAACUUACGUGCAGAUUGAUCAUUUAAAAGAAAGCUAUUGGUAAUCAGAAUUUGCAUUUGAAAUUGGGCAAAGUUGUAAAAACGAUAUAAAAUAUCUAUUCUGAAAAAAGCAAGUUAUAAGUAUGAUUGGAGAAUAUUUACUUUGACUUGCAGCACUAAUUAUAUUUGAUCUACUGACGUCCAGCCGCUAGGAAACAUUAGAACUAUACAAAUAAUAAGGAAAUACAAUGAUCACUGUUAUUCACUGCCUACAAAGAAAUACUGCCAAAGCUAUUAAUUACAUAUGAUUUUUAUUGGUAGGCAAUCAUUUAUUAAGCCUGCAUAUCUAAACAUUAAGGCACUUAGAAAAGCUUCUUGGUAUUUUCAACCUUAUCCAUUGGCUAUGAGCCCAGAAAGAUCUGACAAGUUGAUUCAUAACAUGUGCAGAAAAUGGUUUGUACUGCAAGUAAAUUUAUCAAAUUAAUAAUCAAAUUGAACCUGAUAUAUGAACUAUACUUCAUUUGACUUUAAUAAGUUUUGAUUCCUGUGCCUACUGAUUAACUGUGGUGGGUAAGUGUUCAAGGCUCAGACCUUUGGCUUGUUGAUGUUGUGCCUUUUAAAGGAGUUAACAUAAGCCUCUGUUCUAAAAUGUGUUUGCGUGGGGGGGGGGGAGAGAUUCGCUUCUGUGAGAUAGGCCUGGGCGAUGUAUCGAUAUAUCACUAAAACUCAUAAAUCACACCCUCUCAGCCUUUCCCCUUGGAUAAAACAUUAUGCAAAUACUGUAAGUCUGGGGGUUUCUUAAAUCUGUUUGUUUUGCCUGUGACCACAUACAGUGGUAAAAUUGCUUUAUUUUAUAUAUAUUGAUAACGUUCUCCCAAAUGGUAUAAAUGCAAAAUUAUGUCACUAAAUUGUACUUUAAAAAUACAAAAGUAAGCAGCAUUACUUUAAAAUCAGCCAUUACAGUUUUUCAGCAGCAUGUCUAAUGAAAACAUGCAAAUAAAAAGACACUUUAGAGGUUUUUUAAAGCCUUUUUUAAUGUUCUGCAUAUAACUGGAUUUUCUUGCCUUCAUCCUUUGAUGACACUGCAUCAAACUAAGCGCUGGUGGGUUCUGCAAGCAUUUCUUUACCACAAGGGAAGAUGCUACUACAGUAUUGAAUAAGUCUGGCGUCCAAGGCAGGACAGGGGGAUAUUUGAAAGCAAUUGGCACAUAUAGCAUUCUAGAAUUGGAAGAAAACAUGGGGCAGCUACUCUCAACUGUUCACUGCAAAAGCAGGCUGUAGGCCUCCCCCCCUCUAUUCAGUCCUCAGUUGGGGGGAUUCUAAUUUAGAGACCUACACUUAGUCUUGCCACAUUUUUAUUUCAAAAAUACCAGACCCUGGGUUAGAACUUUUGAUAUGGGGGAGGAAGAGAGCUGGACUGUUCCCAAAGUGGAGCUACCACAAAGCAUGCCAUGGCAUGAUGGAAGCUGGCAGGUCAGUGGUAGAAACUGACCAAUUGUGGAUAAAGCUUAGUGGAAUCUAAGCAGGAGUCUGGCCAGGGUCUAAAUAAAUCAAAACCCUUUGUUGGGCCAGAACAGCAAAGCAGUGUGUGGGUGUGUAUGAGAGAGUGUUAAAUGUAACAAGUGAAAUAGCCUACUGCAGGAAACUAUAAUUAGCCAAAUCAUAGGGCAAAACUACCCCAGAUCAGAUAACUUCUGUGCAUUCUUUUGCAUAUUGUGUAUUGCACACUGUAUUAAUCUUUGUGUGAACAAACCCUUAGAUUAGCUAUUGGCUUUGGAUACGGGGAGAGAGUUCGGCUGCCUUACAGAAAUAGAGGGAGAUGUUAGAAUCAGCUUUUGUAAUGUAAUUAAAAUUCACACACACACACACACACACAAAAAAAACCUUCCCAGAUGCUUUUUAAAAAAUGAACGGGCUAGAAAGGCUGCCUGCUCUUCAUCUCCUGUUAUA